AUGCCCGCCGCCAGCCUGCUGCCGCUGUUCGGUAGCGCGGCGGGGCCGGGGGCGCUGGGCGGCCCCGGGGGCGGCGGCGCGGGCGGCGGGGGCAGGAAGGCGGCGGGGCCCGGCGCGUUCCGGCUGACGGAGAAGUUCGUGCUGCUGCUGGUGUUCAGCGCCUUCAUCACCCUCUGCUUCGGGGCCAUCUUCUUCCUGCCCGACUCCUCCAAGCUCCUCAGCGGCGUCUUCUUCCACUCGGCCGCCCUGCAGCCGCCGCCGCCGCCGCCCGGCGGGCAGCCCCGCGCCCCGCCGCAGCCCGGCGGCGGCCCCGCGGCGGCGGCGGCGGCGGCGGCGUCGGCGAGCAGCCUGGCGCGGAUCCGCGCGGACCACGAGCGGGCUCUGCGGGAGGCCAAGGAGACGCUGCAGAAGCUGCCCGAGGAGAUCCGCAGGGACAUCCGCCAGGACAAGGAGAAACUUCUGCAGGACGCCCGCGGCAGGAAGGAGGCGGGAGCCCCCGGGCUGCCCCAGCGCCCCUUCCGCCAGCCCGCCGGCGCCGUGGGGCAGGAGCCCGCCGACCCCGCCGUCCGGCAGCGGAGGGACAAAAUCAAAGAGAUGAUGAAACAUGCCUGGGAUAAUUAUAAGCGUUAUGCUUGGGGAUUAAAUGAACUGAAACCCAUAUCUAAGCAAGGACAUUCAAGCAAUUUAUUUGGUAACAUUCAAGGAGCAACAAUAGUGGAUGCCCUUGAUACGCUAUAUAUCAUGGAAAUGAAAGAGGAAUUCCAGGAAGCCAAGGACUGGGUUGAAAAAAACUUAAAUUUCAAUGUGAAUGCAGAAAUUUCAGUUUUUGAAGUGAACAUCCGUUUUGUUGGUGGACUUCUUUCAGCUUACUAUCUUUCAGGAGAAGAGAUAUUCCGAAAGAAAGCAGUGGAACUUGGAGAGAAAUUGCUUCCUGCUUUCAAUACUCCCACUGGGAUACCUUGGGCAUUACUGAAUAUUAAGAGUGGGAUCGGUCGAAAUUGGCCGUGGGCCUCUGGCGGCAGCAGCAUUUUGGCAGAGUUUGGGACGUUGCACCUGGAGUUCAUACACCUGAGCCACCUGUCUGGAAACCCGCUGUUUGCCGAAAAGGUGAUGAACAUUCGAAAAGUUCUGAAUCGACUGGAUAAACCAGAAGGCCUGUACCCCAACUAUCUGAAUCCCAGCAGUGGCCAAUGGGGCCAGCAUCACGUCUCCAUUGGAGGCCUUGGGGACAGCUUUUAUGAGUAUUUGCUCAAGGCAUGGCUGAUGUCGGGCAAGACAGAUGAAGAAGGCAGGAAAAUGUAUUAUGAUGCUGUUCAGGCCAUCGAGACCCACCUCAUUCGGAAGUCAAGCGGGGGGCUGACCUACAUCGCCGAGUGGAAGGGUGGACUGCUUGAACACAAGAUGGGACAUCUGACUUGUUUUGCUGGAGGCAUGUUUGCUCUAGGAGCAGAUGGAGCACCUAAUGACAAGAUAGGCCAUCACAUUGAGCUUGGUGCUGAAAUUGCUAGGACUUGUCAUGAAUCCUAUGAUCGCACAAGCAUGAAGCUGGGACCAGAAGCCUUCAGAUUUGAUGGUGGUGUUGAGGCCAUUGCUACAAGGCAAAAUGAAAAAUACUACAUCCUCCGACCAGAAGUCAUAGAGACCUACAUGUACAUGUGGAGGCUCACUCAUGACCCAAAGUACAGGCAGUGGGGAUGGGAAGCAGUAGAGGCAUUGGAAAAAUAUUGCAGAGUAGAUGGUGGCUAUUCCGGCAUCCGAGAUGUUUAUAGCAGUCAUCAAAGCCAUGAUGAUGUGCAGCAAAGUUUCUUUCUUUCAGAGACACUCAAGUACUUGUAUUUGCUGUUUUCGGAGGAUGACCUUCUUCCAUUUGAACACUGGGUCUUCAAUACAGAAGCUCAUCCUCUCCCUGUUCUUCACAAUGAUGAUGGAAAUAAAGAAGAAAACCAGAAAUAGAUCAUGAUUAAGUUAUAUUUUGUUUCAUUCCUUAUGUUUCUUUCCAGGACUUGGGUGCAUGAUUUGGUUUUAAAUUCCUGAGUUAAGUUUUUAAAUCAAGUGUUUUGCAGUCUGUUUUCUUUACCAGUAAAUAUUUAUGAAUGGACCCAGACUCACGAUAAAUCUUCAUUCGUCUUAUCCAGCUGAAUCACUUCUUAGAAAAGAAAUACAAGAUCUCUCCAGGUUUUGUUAGGCUGCAGCAUCAUCUUGGCCAAAAAAAAGAACAGCAGGGUCUGCACAUUACUUGUUUCCUGUUACGCUUUUGAUUUUGACUGCAAAAUUAUUUCCUCCUCUGUGAGGAGAUGUCUGCUUUAAGCUGUAAUAUUUUGCCAUGUUGCAAAAAGCCAUAUGGAAUUAAGUAUAAAGAGCUUUGUUUUCUUUUGGUUUGUUCUAUGUUAAUUUGUUUUGUUUGUGUGUCAUCCCAGACAAAUCCUGUGACUGUGACAGCCUCUUCUUAAUGCGGGUCUAUCUUUAUUUGGUAAAAUAUCUGAUGUAUUUCAUUGUUAAUGAAGCCUACAUAGGACUAUUUUCAUCUCAUGCAAAUGCAACUCUGUUAGAAUUUGCAGUAUACAUUGCAGUUAUUCUAGAUCUGUUUUGAUGAAUUUAGCGUGUUCAUUAGCAGACCUUAGUUUUGGAGGUUUGAUUAGAUUAUUAUUAUAGACUGAAUUGUUUCUUCCCUUUUGUAAGUGGAGUUAUUCUCAUCUGUUUAUAGUCAGGCUAGUAUUGAGUAAAAUAAGACAGUCAUUUCUCAGUAAGUAAGGGAGUCAUUUCUUCUUUAUGAAUUUAGUCCAGUAGUUUUCAUGUGGUUGGAUAGUAAAAGAAAAAAAAAAAAAGGAGAGAGAGACAUUCAAUGAUGUUCUUCUUAAAACUGAGCUGAGAUUUAUUCCAGAGACGAUUUGGGUGACUUUCUCAAACAUUCAGAUUAGUUCAGAUUGAUAUCAGCCCUGUUGGUUUAUUGUCACAAAGCAAUUUUAUGUAUGAAAAUUAGAAUACAAAUGCAAAUUAAUGUAUGUGAAAAAAAUAGACUUCAGAUGCCCUGAAGAAAACUCAUCUCCUUUAAAAAAAUAAAAUAAAAAAUAAUCAUUCAUUGCAGAAGUUCUCCAGCACAGAAAAAAAAGUUUUGAAAGCACUAACUGUGCCUUCUCUAAGCAACAGAAAUGCAGUGUGUUAAACAGUAUUCCUUAGAUUAGAGACCCAGUUUACUAAGGAAGGUAACAGCUUUGCCAAAAAACAUUGUAUUUGAUGGCAUCACCAAAGGCUAAAAAUCAGGCACAAUUAAUUCCUUUCUCUAUUUAAGUGCAGUUUGGAGUGUUUUAUGAGAUUUUUUACAUCCAUAUGGAUUUUCGUUUAGUCAGGAUGACUUUUAUACAUAGAGUAGGAGGAUAUAACGCCUGACUUCUCAUCCUGAGAAAGCACAGUAGUAGCCGAUUCGACUGCAGCAAAACAGUUCUUCUUUAAAAGUUAUUUAAUGAGAUCACAUGCAGCCAGCACAGCUAAUCCCUGCUGCGGCAGCUAAUAGAACUUUUUUUCCCUGUACUGAUAGAGGUCUGGCAGUGUAGGCUUUUUUUUUUUUUAAUAUAUAUAUACCUAUAUACAUAUAUAGGGGGCAUUGAUAUAGGGGUCUGGCACGGCCGAGCUGCGCGUUCACCCUCGGAGACUAGCAGAGGGCCCUGGCAGAGCCCAUGCCCGAAGCAAAGCCCUGCUCGCAUGGCCUCAGCGCCUCUCUGCCUUAGUGCCGUAUUAGUUAAUAAAAUAAAAUAAAAUAAAAAGAGUAAGGAAGCAUGGCUUCUGUCCAAGGACCGAGCAAUGUCUGUCACAGCAACAGUUCAGAGCAGGGGAGGAUGAAGCCUUGGCUCUCCUCUGGUGAAAAGCAGAACUCCUGCUUAUUUUCAUUCUACCAAUGCAGUAUCACUGGAGGAGGCCUAUCGUAUUUCUUCUUGUUUUCCUCAGAACUUAUUUAUAAGGGAGCAUUUUUUUCCUAGGUAUCACAGAGAAAUUAUCUGUGGAAUAAAAAUAAAUUCUCUUCCCUCUUUAACAAAAAAAAAGUAAAAAUAUUUACUUUUGUCUUCAUUAUCUUCAUCUCUGGGGUCAUUUGCUGCUGCCUACCACAAUUGUGCACAUGCUGCUAUAGGCCUCAUAUCAGUUAAAUAACUACAAUAGCUCAGAAAAAAAUAGUCUUUGAGAAAUGUGUUUUGUAAGCCUGUUUUUAUAUGGUUUUCUUGACCACAGUCUGCUUUCCCUAGAUGUGUCUAGUGAUCUUGUGCUCACUUAGUAAUUUUAAGAGAAACAGCGGAAAGCCAGAUACCUAUUUUCCGUGUUUCAAAAAGCAGGCAAACACAUAGCUCUUGUAUGCAUUAGGUCCUGUGUACUUAGCUAUAUAUGUGUCCUGACUGUUUCCUCAUAAAAUACAGACAUUCAGUAUGAGGGGUUUUUUUUUUUUUCAAGUUUGGGAGUUAUGAUUUGCAAGAGCACAAAUCUGAUGUGACCGGUGUUGGUAUUCAGGUUGUAUGUACAAACUGCACUAUACUGUACUUUUUGUAAACUAAUGUAAGUAGACGAGAAGAUUGUACAGCGUGUAGAUCUGCCGACUGUAAGAAAAAAAAUCUUUUCAUAUAUUGAUUUCCUUUUUUUUUUAAUAAAGAAAAAACAACCCUAAAGCACCAAAGUUAGAGCAGUUGUUUUGAACCAGUCAGUACUUACUUAGUAGUGGCUGUUAGAUGGUUGAGAAAACACUCAUCCUGUUUCCCCUUCACUUCACCAGCUGUGUGGAAGUGGCUAGUGAUGGUUGCUCCAUGUACCUGGUCAUUUAGAAAAGCAAGAGAAAUUGCUUUACUGCUAGAGGAUGAAGGAAACCUUUGCAGAAACACACUGCCUAUACUUCUUCCAUUUCUUCGUAGCAUAAUCACCACAGGUAAAUCGACAUAUGUUAACUCCUAAGCAGUGAAUAAUUUUAAAUGACAUCCUUAUUAUUUCAUGAAAACAACAGCACUGUUUUGAUAGUUCGUGAAAUAAGUAUUACAUAUGUGUUGGUUGUACACAGAUUUUUGCAAUUGCCGCUAGUUCACUGUUUCUAUGGUGACUUCAUCAUACAUACUGUCCAUUUCUAUGAUGCAUUUAAAUUGUUUUUGAUUUGUACAUAGUCCAUUUAGUCUUUUCACCUUUAUAUAAACGCUGAAAUUAUGGAAUACAUAAUAGAUCAA